GUAUAAAUGAUGAAGAUUUAAUGCGAAAGAUUUGGACAUGUUUUGAACAUGUUAUUAUUGAGCAUACAGAUAUGAUGCGUGAUAGACAUUUAGAUCAGAUAUUGAUGUGUACCAUUUACAUUAUUUGUCGAGUGGUCAACUUAAAUUUGUCUUUUCAAGCAAUCAUGAAAUGUUAUCGAACUCAACCACAAUCUGCGUCACACAUAUACAGAAGUGUUUUAAUUACUCCUCGCAAUCCUAGUCAAGAACAUACAGAAAAUGAAGGAGCACGGCGAGAUACUGAACAACGUAUCGAUCUUAUUAAAUUUUAUAACACUAUAUUUGUUCAAAUAGUUCGAGAUAAUGCUUUAAAAUAUUCAAGUAACAGCAGUAAUGAUAAUCUCACUCUAUCUCCUUUACCUGCUACUAAGACACAGUUGCAAUCACCUACUACACGACGAGUCAAUGAUCGAUUACCAAUAUUCAUUCGUAAAUUGGAAGCCCAAGCUAGUCCAAUAAAAUCACCAAUCAGGCCAUUGAGUUACUGUAUAAAUCAGAGUCCUAAAAAAGAUCUAGAAAAUAUAAAUAUGAUAACGAUGCGAGCAAUUGCUAAGAAAAGAAAUAUUUCUGAUGGCCACCAUGAUGGGCCAAUUGCAAAACAAAAAACUCCUUCUCCUCCUGUUAUAACCAAACGAUUACAGGGUCUAUUAGAGGAAAGAAUGGAACAUAAUACUGAUAAGUAACAUAUUUARUAUAUUAUGUUCAUCUUCAAUUUUCUAUCUUGUGAAUUUUUACUUAAGUGUUAAAUGAUAAAUUAACAAAUUAUAUUAUAUAACUGUGAAUCAGUUGAUAAAAACUAACAUUUUAAUUUUAACCUUUGUGUCCUUAUAAUUCUUUUAGGUUUUGUAUAGUCUAAUACUAAUUCAUKWAAAUUGUUUUUCCAUUUUAUUAAUUAACGAAAUGUGUUUAUUUGUUUCAAUUUAAAAAU